CGAGAAUGCAUAUUCCAACAUGGCCACCUGACGUCUAAACUCAAUGAUACAGGUGGCUAUGAAUAUAUUGUAAAUAAUACUAGUUCAAUAAAUAUAAUUUGAAUUAAUACAACUACAAAUAAUAAAAAUUGAAUAAAUAAAAAUCACAGUAAAUGAAUUAUGAGUGAACAUAAUCCGACAGAAAGUGCCAACGACGAUGACAAAGUUGAUGAUGCAGUAGAUCCCCGAGUGCAAAUUGAACUUGAAAGAUUAAAUACUGCUACUGAUAACAUUAAUAAACUCGAGGUUGAUUUAGAUGAAGCAAGAGCAACAUUUAGAGAAUUAUUAUGUGAAUCAACAAUGACAAUUGAUACUUUAGCUAAAAAGCUUGGUACCUGUAUUGAGAAAUCACGACCUUACUAUGACGCUCGAUUUAAAGCUAAAGAAGCACUUCGAGAUGCACAAAAAGCAGCUAUCAGAUUUGAAAGAGCUAAUGGGCAGCAUGCGGCUGCUAAAGAAAUGGUUUAUCUAGCAGAGGAAGGCCUUAGGAUGGAAGGAAGAUGUUUUGAUCAUGCUUGGCAGGAAAUGUUAAAUCACGCAACUGAAAGAGUUAAUGAAUCUGAACACGAACGAGCUAUUUCCGAGUCUGAACAUCGACAUAUGACUGCACUUUAUCAUAACGCGGAACACACAGUCCAACGACUACAAUCAGAUUUAAAAAGAUCCAUUACUAAAUCAAGUUUGGGUGCACGACGCAGCUUGCUUCUCAUAAAUAGUAUCGCCUACCGACACAACUUGCUAUUAUUACCGUACUAUGAAAUGAAAGCCCAGUUUCAUCAAGCAUUAGAAAAACAAAAAUUGCGUGUGAGUGAAUUAGAACGAUCAGUCGGAGAAGCAAAGAUGACAUAUGCCGAAGCGUUACGUAAUCUUGAAAAAAUAAGCGAUGAAAUUCAUCGAACAAGACAAUACGAUAGUGGAGAUCCGAAAGAAAAUAAUCUAAAAAAUAAUAAUAAAAAAAAUUCAGAAUCUUCUACAGAAUCAAGCAUAACAGGAUCUCCAGAUAGUACAGAUUAUACGAGCGAUGAAUAUUUACGUCUUCCUGAUAAAAUAAGUCCAACAUCUUCAAUUUCUACUAAAGUUCAAAACACGACAGAGUACUUAGGAUUAAAUAAUGUAAAUGUUUCAUCAACGGAACCAAGAAAAUACAUAAAACGUAAAAGGCCUCAAAGCAUAGCAUCAUUAUCAACAAUAAAAAACACUCAAUUACCACAAAAAACCAGUGUAUCAACUCCACGUUUAUCAGAAGUUAUAACAACGCUAUCGCCAUCAGCAGCAGCAUCAUCGUCAUCUUCAUCAUCGUCUAAUUUAGCACAAAUUGGUUCCAAUCAAUUAAAACGGUCAAAGUCAUCAUCAAAUAAAUUGAACCAUGAUAUUAAAAAUCCAAAUCAUCAGCAAAAUAAUAAAAAUAUUGAUCAUACAGAAAAUAAUGAGAAAUGGACAGAAAUAAGCUUAAAUAACUCACCGGAUGAUAUUUAUUAUAAUAAUGAGAUGUAUUCAGAUGAAGAUGAUCAAAUUCCAUACAAACCGUUACCUAGUGAAUUAAGUCCAGAAUCAAUGAUAGUUACUAGUGGUUCUAGUGACACUAAAGAUGCUCGUAAUAAAAAAUGUUUAAGUCAUCAACAAUCAUUACCAGCAACGGUACAAAACAAUGAAAUGACUAUUGGAGAGCAUAAAAAAUCAGAAAUAACUCGAAGUCCGUCAACUAAAUCUAGAGGAAAAUUAGAUAGCAGCUUAACUAAUUGGAUUACCAAAAAUUCUGCUGUUUAUGGAGAAAGUUCUUGCACGUCAGGUAAUUCCGCAAGGAGACAAUCGUUGGAUAUGUUGUGGAAUACUGGUACUGGUGAACGGAUGAAAGAGUUAUUAAAUCAUGGAAUGAUGAUGCUUAAUAUAUCAAGCUUAACUGAAAGACGAUCGAGUGAACCAAAAUUAAUUGAUAAUGAUGAUAAAUUGGUACAAAAACAUGAUAGUAAGAUUGCUGUCUUAAAAGGCAAAGUUCCUAGUCCAUUGGAAAAAACUAUGAAUUAUUUAAAUCCCGAUGAAGAAACAUCGGAUAGUGAAAGUUUAGCUAGUGUGGAAAUGUUAUCAGAAGAUCAAAUUUCGUCACUAAUGAUGGAACCUGAUAUAAAUCAAGUAUGUCAAGAAGUAUUGGGUACGCCCUUAGUUGAAGUUUGUCCUCUCUUACAACAAUUACAGCAAUAACAAGAGCAAACGAAGUAUUUUACUAUAAAAAACCGUAUUCUAUCAUUCUAUCAAAAUUAAGUAUAACGCGUUGAUAUUUUUAUUGUUAUUAUUAUUAUUUACUUAUGAUUUGUAUACUUAAUUUUCAUUGAAUUUUCUUUAUUAUUUUAACAUUUUUUCAUAUAUAGUUGAAAACUAUUUAAAGUUUAUUUUUUUUAUUUAUCUUGCCAGAAAACUUCUGCCGGUCAGGGAUUAACUUAAUGAAACUUUUUUCUCUAAGGAAGCCAACUAUUUAUCUACAGAUUUGAAACCAAGCAAUAUUAUUAAAUUUUAAGUUAUUUAUUUAUUUAUUUGAACAAAAAAAAAUAUAAUUGCUUUUAGAAUUUAAAAUAUUCUACCGUCAUUAUUACAUAUGUAUAUAGGAUAGGAAAAGAAUUAUUCAAAUAAUUAACUUAAUAAUCGAUAGAAAAAAUAAAUUCUAAUUUAAACAAACAAAAAAUUGCAAUGAACAUUAUUUUAAUUAACAAAAAGUCGUUAAAUUUGUGAUUCGUAACUUAGAGUACCUUAUAAACAUACUAUUAAAAAAUAUUAUUUAUUAUAAAUUAUGACGUUAUUUUAAGUAAUUUAAAAUAUAGAGAAAAUGCUAAUAAUAUUCAAUUAAUAUUAUAAAUUAUUAUGAAUAACUGAUAAAAAUUUGAAUGUAGCAUAAUUUUAGAGAAGUAGAAAAUCAGAAAUAAUAAAUUAUCACUAUAGUUCAAUUAUAUUUAAAAAUAAUUUAUAAUCAUAUUGAAUAUGUUAAAUUGAAAUAAGCGAAUCGAUAUCGUUUAUUAGUUCUAUGAAAAUCGUAUUCAGUGCUCAUUUAAUGCACCUCAUCAUGAGUAAUUGAUACUUGUAUUAUAUUGUAUGAUAUAUGAUUGUAAUUAAAUGUAUAUAAGCAGUA